AUGGCGGCCGUAAGGUUCUGUGUGGGAAAAGGUGCUGCUUGGGAAUCUGCGUACAGGAAGUGACUCGGCUGGCUGCUAGCUUCAGUUCCCUAAAUGCGAAAGCUGACAAUCAUGCCUGCAGGGCUGAUAUUUGCAUCUAUAAGUGUGCAUGCAGCCAAAGAAGAGGAAUCCAAAAAGCAGCUAAUGAAACCAGAGCAGCUCCCUAUAUAUGCUUCACCACCUCUUCAAUCUAAAUAUGUUGAAGAGCAGCCUGGUAAUUUACAAAUGGGCUUUGCCUCCAUCCGCACUACAACUGGUCGUUAUAUUGGCUGGUGCAAGGGUGUUUAUGUCUUUGUGAAAAAUGGGAUAAUGGAUACAGUUCAAUUUGGAAAAGAUGCAUAUGUUUAUCUGAAGGAUCCACCACGAGAUUUUCUUCCGAAAAUGGGAGUGAUUACAGUUUCAGGAUUAGCAGGCUUGGUUUCAGCAAGAAAAGGUUCUAGAUUUAAGAAAAUUGCUUACCCAUUGGGAUUGGCCACUUUAGGAGCAACUGUUUGUUACCCAGUUCAGUCCGUAAUAAUUGCAAAGGUCACCGGGAAAAAGGCAUAUGCUACAAGUCAGAAAAUGUAUGAAGCAGUUAAAUCAUUGUGGACAAAAGACAACAAAAAAGAGUCACUUCCUGAACCUAAAGAAAAAAUUAAGCCAGAAAACUCUGCUGAAACAGAAAUACCUGCAAAAACAGCUCAUGACCCGAAGCACUCAGUGGGUUUGCCAACAGAACUCAGAUCUGAAAUGAAGACAAAAUCAGAAUUCACCUCAGGUGCUACACAGUUUAUGCCUGACCCCAAGCUCAUGGAUCAUGGACAGUCCCAUCCAGAAGAUGUAGAUAUGUACAGCACUAGAAGCUGAAAUAGUCUACAUAAACAAUUACAACAUGUGUGAAGUUCCAAAUGAUAAUGAAAGAAAUGUAAUGGGUAAUUGUGAUGCAUAGAGCAGAACUUAAAGCAAAUUUAUCCCAUACAUCUUCUAAUGUAUGGUUUGACCAAUCAAGUAAGUGAUUAAAACACAAACAGAAAAUACAAUCGAAACAAUAUUAAAUGAUUGGUGAAGAGGCAGAGGGAGUAGUAUUAAGAUGCAUUUGAUGACGUAAGGGUGUUUAUAAACAAAAAAUAGAGUAAAUAUGUGAACAAUUAUGAGACUAAGAUCUGAAAAAAUAUGUAUGUACUUAUACACACAUAUAUUUGCUUUAGCUUUUUCUCACUAUCAAUUCCCAACUUGUGACAUUAAUGUCAGCUAAAUUAGAAUGGUUUGUGGAAGGAUAUAUUCUCUAUCCUUCUCUUUUUUCAUUUCCCAGAGCAGGAAUAAAAUAUCCAUAUUUUAUGACA